AUGGAGCUAGAUCAUACGCAAGAGCAAAAGAUCCGCGGCUAUCUCGACAGCUUCAGAGACUGGACUGCAAUCGGCGCUGCAGACUCUCGCGCCAUCAAAGACAGGAACUCGAUUCCGCCACUAAUUCGUGGCGGUGCUGUGGAGUGUGAUCCAUUCAUUGGCCAGCUGGAAUCCAUAAACUUGACUGUCUAUGGCCGACGACUGCGUGUGGAUCUGGAGCUGGCCUCUGGUAUGCGAGCGGAGCACAACAAAAAGCAGUGGAUAGACGUAGCGCUGCGAUACUUGGAGAGAUGCGAAGCUUGCGCGCUCGUGUACAGUGUCGCUGACCGUGACUCUUUCGACAACCUCCAGGAACUGGUUGAAAGAUACUCAGUGGCGCGAGGACCGGAUAAAGGUGGCGAAAAUUUUUCGUGGUGGCAUCGCAGACUCAUCUGCCGGUAG